AUGGAGUUCUCCAUGAAGUUUCUUGCAAUCAUGUCCCUCUCGCUGUUGGUUUCCAUGUCCACUGAGAUGGGAGGUCCUCUAUUGGCAAAUGCCCAGUGCGCCUGUAAUCCAAUAACUUGUGAUACAGCGUGCAACAUUCAUGGCUACAAUCGAGGAUGUUGCGAAUUUUCUGCAUGGUACAGAGGCUUUCUUUGUGUUUGCUCCAACCAAGACAUAUGUCUACAACGCACCACAAUGGAAGUAAAAAUUGGUGAGAAGACUAUGAUGAUUGAGGCAACACCCAAAAGGUCUUUCAUCAAGGAGCCAGUUGAUUGA